UGGAUUUAGUUAUGGGGUGGAUUUGGAAUGGUUACACUUUUCCACAUCAGCUGAAGGUCACAUUAAGGUAUAAAAGAAUGGGCGAGGGAAUCGUUCCAUGCAGAAAGGUUUCGACACACUGCAGACAUGCUGAGGUUUCUGUUGUUGACGAGUCUCGCAGCCUUGGUGCUGGCUGAGCACCAGCCCGGGUAUCUGGAGGAAAUGUCCCAGAGAGUGGUCGGAGGUGAGGUGGCCAGCCCCAACUCCUGGCCCUGGCAGAUCUCUCUUCAGUACCUGUCUGGUGGCAGUUACUACCACACCUGUGGAGGAACCCUGAUCAGGGCAAACUGGGUUCUGACCGCCGCUCACUGCGUGGACACUUCUAGGACUUGGCGUGUUCUUCUUGGAGAACAUGACCUGUACAGCAACAGCGGCAGGGAGCAGACGCUCGGUGUCAGCCAGGUUUACAUCCACUCCAACUGGAACCGCAACAGUGUGGCUAAUGGAUACGACAUUGCCCUUCUCAGGCUGUCUUCUUCAGCUUCUCUGAACUCCUACGUCCAGCUUGGCUCUCUGCCUCCUUCUGGUCAGAUUCUGCCCCACAACAACCUCUGCUACAUCACCGGAUGGGGACGCACCUCCACUGGUGGAAGCCUCUCCGCUCAGCUCAAGGAGGCUUACCUUCCCCUGGUGGACUACAAGACUUGCUCCAGCUCUGGCUGGUGGGGCAGCACCGUGAAGAAUAGCAUGGUGUGCGGAGGAGGUGGUGCUGAGUCUGGAUGCAAUGGUGACUCUGGCGGUCCUCUGAACUGCCUGUACGGUGGAAAGUACUACGUGCACGGUGUCACCAGCUUUGUGUCUUCAUGGGGCUGCAAUUAUCCCCAGAAGCCUACUGUCUUCACCCGUGUCUCUGCCUACAUUGAUUGGAUUAACUCGAUCAUUAACUAAAUGAACGGACCAUCCAUGAAGGAGCUCUGACACAGAGGCCACAGGAAAAGGUCAUCAUCUGCUGUGCUAU